ACUUCUAUAUUACUGUUAGAGACUAGAGAGUGAGCUUUAUGUAGGUACAGGCACUGGUACGCCAUAGUGUUAGUAUAACUGGCCCAUGUCGGUGUAGUAAGUCUCUCGUGGUGUUGUUUUUGGAGAAUUUUACUAUACAUUAUAGACUAUGCCUGAGUGUGGGGAUAUAGAUGUUUUGACCCCAACAGCUCUCAUGACCAACACGAUAUUACCAGGUGGAAGGAGAAAGUUACAACUGUCCUUGGAUUUUUCAUCGUUAACAGAUUCUGAAGAUUUUCAUGUGCCGAAAAAGCUUUGUAAAUUGGAAUCAAUGAGUGUUUCAUUGACAGGUCCUUUACAAUUGAACUCUUUGGCCCCAACUCAAGCCUCUUGGCGGACGAUACAACCUCAGGAACUGGCAGCAAGACUUAACAAGGUUCACAAAUCGUGUCUUCUAGUGGACUGUAGGUCUUUUAUCUCCUAUAACGUUACACAUAUUCAGGGUGCUGUUAAUGUAAACUGCUGUGACAGAUUCAACAGGAAAAGGCUUCAGCAGGGAAAGGUAACUUUAGUGGAUCUCAUCAAUUCUAAAGAAGCCAAGGACCAGUUUAAACGUCGCGGGUCGAAGGAAGUGAUUCUGUACGAUGACAGUACCAAAGACUUGCAUCAACUGCCCAGUGACAGUUCUUUGUACCUGGUCGUUUCUUCGUUACUGAGAGAAGGCAAAGAAGUAAUGGUUCUUCAAGGAGGACUCCAAGCCUUCCGGUGCCAAUACGGUGACCUUUGCCACAGUGGGGUUAAAAUCGUGGACUCCCGUCCUUUGUAUUCUCCAACCACGGGAAUAAUUGAACCCCAGAUUGAGGCUGCGGAGGCGACUCAAAUAUUACCGUUUCUUUAUCUUGGAAACGAGCGGGAUGCGGCAAACUAUAAGAAAUUGACCGACCUCGAUAUCACAUAUGUGCUUAACACAACGUCAACCGUACCCAAGCACUUUGAAGACCAAGGCAUUACGUACAAGCGUAUUCCUGCCUCGGACAGUGGUGCACAGAAUCUCCAGCAAUACUUCGAAGAGGCUAUCCAAUUUAUAGAGGAAGCUCGACAAAAGGAAGCACGUGUUCUCAUCCAUUGUCACGCGGGCGUCUCGCGCUCUGCCACCAUCACCAUUGCCUACCUCCUCACACGCUCAUCUCUGAGUCUCAUGGAUGCAUACCGUUUUGUGAAGGGACGCAGGUCCAUCAUCUCGCCUAAUUUCAACUUCAUGGGCCAGCUCAUGGAGUAUGAACAGUCUCUCAACAGCGGGUCUUGCUCGCGGGUUCUCACCCCGAAAAUUGUGUAACAUCCUCAUUUCUCAUCGUUCAUUUGACAUGUCUCAUGAUGUGCGAACCAAGUUUUGAGAAGACUUUGAUAUGGAAAAAUUAUGCAAUAAACAGAUUAACGCAA